GACACCGCCAUUGAAGGGGCAUUGAGUGGCUUUGGCGUGCAGGUUUGGGAUUGGAAGAAGGUAGACAUCUGUUCGGACACUAUUUCAAAAUCCAGUAGGUCUGUGAAAGAGAUUUCGCUCUAUUCCUCGGGCAACAAUGCAGUCUUAAUGGGAUGGGCUAGUCCUGCGGGAUUCAAGAACGCCGAAAAAUUUCCUGAGGAAAAUGAAACUGAUGAGAGACUUGAAUCCAAUCUUAAUGCGUUCAAGGAGGCAUUGGAGGAAAAAUCAUUAACGGUAAAUGCCUACAAGGACGAUAUGGCAGUGAGUUUCGUCUCGGAUUUCUCCAAUAUGCGAGGAUUCAACGAAGGAAACAGCCCGUGGAUUGAUUGUUUGCAAGACUUCAAAAUAUUUUUGGCCAACUCGCCGAGGCUCAAGUCGCACGACGGCCCGCGAGUGAAGAUCGCCAUCAUUGAUGAUGGGGUCGAUACCUCUCUCCCCAUCCUUGAGAAAAUUAUCACUAGCGGGAAUUCCUUCUGCCGACAUCCCAACUCGAAAGAUCUCAUGAGUGCCUAUUUUGCACCCUCAGGAAUGCACGGGACCUGGAUGGCAACUCUAAUCAGCAAGCUGUGUCCCAAUCCUAGCCUGUACAUUGCCCGUUUAGAUGAACAUUCCAACCCACUCGGUGAUGGGAAGAGACAAAUCACCGCUAAGUCGGCAGCAGAGGCCAUUUCCUGGGCCGCCGCUUGUAAUGUCGACAUUAUCUCCAUCAGUUGGACCAUCGAAUCUAGUAACCCGGACAGCCAAGAUAUCAAAGACCUUGUCAAAGCAAUUGACCAAGCCCACGCCAAAAAUAUCCUAAUAAUCUGUUCGGCGAGCGAUCAGGGAAUCGUGUCAAAGGAACAGUGCUACCCGGCGUACACGGGUAACUGUAUCAAGAUCGGGGGUGCCGACCCCUCCGGCCGCGCCCUCACGUGGGUGCGCGAAGGCUUAGUCGACUUCCUCUUCCCCGGUAAAGAUAUUCCUUUCGAGAACCAGGAAGGCACCUUCACCCAUGAAUCCGGCAGUUCCAUCGCUACAGCUGCCGCCUCAGGUCUUGCGGGUCUCCUCCUCUCUUGUGACCUUCUGGUCAAUAAUCCCACCCCCGAGCCCUCAUUCUUCCGCCGCCCGGAGAAUAUGAAAACCGCCUUCAAAAAUCUAGGGAAAGGGACCAAGAUGCCAAAUGUGACAAGCUAUUUCGAUGCCGAAUUCCAAAGGUUACUGGCAAAGAAGGAGAAAUCAAACCAGGGCGAGCAGCAUUUUAAAUUCGAGACAACCAAAAAGGGUGUUGUGAGGGAGACAGAGUGGAAUGAUACCUCGCGUGCUGUAUUGGUUGAACUAUUGGAUAGGCUCAAGAGGAGCUAG